AUGUGGCGUCAGAGCUUUGGACUUCUAGGGAAAUCCUACACCCAUGACAGUGAGCUGGGGAUCAGACAGCUGAGGGAUGUUUGGGCAACAGGAUCCUUUUUGCUGGGGAAGUGGCUCCGCAUACCCCUGCACACAAUGCCUCUGUGUAGUGUUGUGGUGGAUGUUGCUGUCCAGGAUUAUGUGGCUGACGUGGCCUCCGAACUCAUCUACCAGAACAAGAGUCAGAUCUCCACAGAAAUCCUCUUCGUCUUCCCCCUGAGCCCCCACAUCACCAUCUACUCCUUCCAGGCCCGCAGUGAGGAUGCCAAGGUCCAGGCCAUGCUGCGGGAUGAGGCCCAGCAGCUGCACAAGGCUACGGGGGGCUGGGAGAAUCUGGAAUACCUUCAGGAUCAGUCUGAGUACGCUGGCGAGGUGUUUGCCUGCUUCCUGGGCACCCUGUCCCCUGGCAGGGAGGUGGUUGUGACCUUGCGCUAUGUCCAAGAACUGCCACGGGAGCCAGAUGGAGCAGCCCAUUUUGUGCUGCCACCCACACUGCAUCCCUACACAAAACUCUACGCCUCGAAUUGUCUCACUAGCAAGCUGCCCUACAGCCUGCUGCUCACCGCCAGCCUGCAGUCACCCCGUGGAGUGGCCAAUGUCCAGGCCAACUUUACCCUCACCCCUCUGAUCUACACUGCCCAGGACCGCAGCGCUGCACAGGUCUCACUGGCUGGCAGCCCCCCAAGGCAUCAUGAUUUGGAGCUGCUGGUGUAUUUUGGAGACCCCACUGCAGUCAGUGCUGUGGUGGAGAAGGGAGACCCUGAGGCCCCUCCAGGCUCCCUGCUUGGUGACCCCAUGGUGCUGGUGACACUGGCACCCAGCAUCCCUGAAGCAGUGCCUGGGCAGCGCCAGUCCGGAGAGUUCAUCUUCCUCCUGGACACCACUUUUCUUGGGCAUGGACAGGACUCCCUGCUCUUCCUUCUCAAAAGCCUGCCCCUAGGCUGCUACUUCAACAUCUACUGCUAUGGAGAAACCUCUGUGGGCAUCUAUCCGCAAAGUGUUGAAUACACUCAGGACAACCUGGCCGAGGCCAUGCGGCGCAUCCCCUCCACCGGCUCCAGUCUGGGUGACACCAAUCUGCUGGGAACCCUCCGCUCAAUCUACAAUACCCCCCGCCCCCACGGGCAUACACGCCAGCUCUUCAUCUUCAUGGCUGGGCUACCCCCUGACAAGGAAGCCAUUGCAGCUGAGGUCUGCCGUCACCGCAACAGUCACCGGUGUUUCUCCUUCUGCUUCUCUAAGGACAGCGCUGCCCUGGCUACAGCCCUGGCCAGGGAAACAGGAGGUGAAGCUACCUAUGUCUCCUCUGACAACAGUAUGACAGUCGUGGUGCUGCAGUGCCUGAAGCAGGCCCUCAAGCCAGCAGCUGAAGGAGUCUCUCUGAGCUGGGCCCUGCCCCAUGGCCUGGAGGUUGAGGUGCUGGGGGGCACCCCUCAGUUCAUCUUUCAGGGGCAACACAGCCUCCUCUAUGCCCGGAUCCACGGACAGGCACAGGAUGCGACAGUGGCCAAGGGGGUCAUGACCUUGCAGUACAGCCUGGACGGCCAGGAUGUCACUCACACCAUUGAAUUCCCACUGUGCCCACAAGGAGAUGGCUGGCUGGCUGGGCAUCGUCUGGCCGCGAGAUGCUUGCUGAAGUGGUUGUUGCCAGAGGCUGCGAGUGGGUCAGGGGAUGAACCAAGGCAUCGCGCGGUUGAGAUCAGCCUCACUUCAGGGAUCAUCUGCCCCUUUACCAGCUAUGUGGGGGUUCACACAUCACAGAGGGUCACCUGGUACCGAGGGCCCCUGGCACUGUUGCCACCCCGCCAGUCACUCAUGCCCUGCCAGAUUGUUGAGCUUCGUGGCUCCAGGAAAGUCUCUUCCUGCUAUCCCAUGAGCACCUGGGUCCCACCUGGCUGGCUGACAGCAGUGUGUGCAUUGUGGCUUGCCCUCCGUCAACUCACCCAUGCCAUUGCUGUCCUGCCCCAGCGGGGUGCUUGCCCAAAAGCACGUAAACCACCACCACCACCUAUUUCUUCUCUCAACUAUGUGGAUCCCAUGGAAUUUGUUUUGUGCUCUCCAGUUUUAGGGCUUUGGUCUACCAAAGCCAUUGCUGAGUGCCAGGAGCUGGUGGCAUUGCAGAAUGUAGAUGGCUCCUGGGCUCUCAGCUCAGGACUGGCCUCUGUGCUGGAAGUCGAUGAGGCCGAAAUCAAGGGAAAGAUGCCUGGUGAGGUCAUGGAGCCAAGCAUCUGGGCUACAGUGCUGGCCGUGACCUGGCUGCAUAGACAUGACAAGUGUUACCAAGACCUCUGUGAGCUGCUGGAGGCCAAGGCUGUGACCUGGCUGUGCAGUCAAGCUGUGUCCCAGCUGGACAAGUGCCUGGAGGCAGCCAACACCCUCCUUGGGAGCAGCGUCAAGCUGAGUGUCUUCAGGCUCUGAGCUCAACACAUGCCUUGUGCUACAGACCGGCGGCACCUGCAGAGCUAAAAAAGGCCACAAAGUAUAACCUAACCUCACCUAGUGUGCCGGGAUACCACUGUUGCUACCAGCUGGGGUCUUACAUUACAGAUGAAUUCUCUUAUGUCUUAUAGUAGUCGGGCUGAACCUGUAUCAUGCUGAACUCCUCAAGAGAAAACCUCUAGUUCAGAGUCUCCA